CAGUUUCAACCCCUACCCCAACUUCCUUCUUAAAACAGGCUCAGGGUUAAGCCUUUAGUACUCUAAUCCAGAGGAAAAUGACUUAUUUUAAAAAGCAGUAAAAACACCGCAUUCCUUUGGCACAGGAUGAAGACCAGCUCAGCUCUUCGGCUGUUGAUCAUCGUCUAUUGUUCUCCAAACAGUAAACCAUUAUUUCACAUCAAGAGACUGUGGGCUGCAGUCCUGUCUGAGUCCUGGGCUCCUCAUAAAUAUGAAGUGAAGGGCUCUGACCCAGAAAGUGGUUCUGAGCAGGGGAAAAAUGGGGUCUCGGAAAUGUGGAAGCUGCCUCAGUGGUCUGCUGAUUCCGCUUGCACUUUGGAGUAUAAUUGUGAAUAUAUUAUUGUAUUUCCCAAAUGGGCAAACUUCCUACGCAUCCAGCAAUAAACUCACCAACUACGUCUGGUAUUUUGAAGGAAUCUGUUUCUCAGGUAUCAUGAUGCUUAUAGUAGCAGCAGUUCUUCUUGUCCUGGAGAGUGAUAACAACUGUAAGUGCUGCCAGAGUGAAAACUGCAGCAAAAAAUACAUGACACUGCUGUCGAUUAUCUUUUCUGCCCUUGGAAUUGCUUUCUCUGGAUACUGCCUGUCCAUAUCUGCUCUGGGCCUUGUUCAGGGCCCAUACUGCCACACUCCCAAUGGCUGGGAGUAUGCUUUUGAAGACACUGCAGGACGGUUCCUCACAGAUUCCAGCAUAUGGACUCAGUGUCUGGAACCUGCACAUGUAGUGGAGUGGAACAUCAUUUUAUUUUCCAUUCUCAUAGCUCUCAGUGGGCUUCAAGUAAUCGUUUGCCUCGCCAGAGUAGUCAUUCAGUUAUCCAAGAUACUGUGUGGAACCUAUUCAGUCAUCAUCCAGCCUGGAAUUAUUUGAAGAAGGACAAGAAUAUUUCCAAUCAUCAAGAUAUGGCCAACUGUCUCAUAUCCACUGUGUAGACUGGAGGGCAAUAUUCAAAUGAUGGUAUUUUCAUCAUUUGGUGUUAUUUUGCCCAUUUGUGAAAUCUGCUAGUAAUUACAAUCAUGCCACCUUUCCAUUUAGAACUUUUUUCUAAAUGACAUGUGUCAGAAACUCAGAAAUGUUUACACUCUUUGAUCAAACAAAUCCAUUUCCAAUCUAUACUAUGGGAAUAAAUAAGAUACAAAUGAAACUUUAUACAGAUACAUUGCAACAUUAUUUAAUAUUCUGGAAAAUUAGAAAUACCACAAAGCCUCUUUCAGGGGAAGGAUUAAAUAGUGGUACAUUAGUGAUAAUAGAAUAUAAUCAUUACAAAAUAUUAUAUAGUCAUUACACAUGAAGUUUUAAAGAUUAUGAAUACAGCUCUGUGAAAAACAGAUUACAAAUUUCUGCUUACAGUAUAAGCAUUACUAUCUAAAAUAAACAAACAAAACUCCAGAUAAUCAAAAUUGAGGAUCAAAAGUAAAUCUAGAAGGAUUUACACAAAUACCAACUGUGGUUGAUUUUUGGGUCACAGGUGACUGUUCUUACUUUUCUCUGUUUUCUAAGUUUUAUUAUGUUUUACAAAACUUGUAUUUUUACUAUGAAAAACUUCUGCUGUUUUUCCAAACUUUAAAGAUAUGUUUUUUCCACUUUUUCCAACCUCGAGUAUCUGUCAACAUCAAAGAGUAACAUUUCAGUGUUCAGUGAGGAAAGUAGUGAGAUAAAUAAGCCCAAAAUAGUUUUAUAUAAACUUAGGCAUUCUAACUGAGCUGCUGGUCAUCUUUUCUUACUUGUGGUGAUGAGUGUGGUGGCCAUAGUCUUAGCCUUGAAAUAAAUGAGCAGAUGGGAUUAGAGAAGGUGCACAUUGACCAGCUGAUACCUGUGUCCUGAGGAGUUACUACUACCUUAUUUAUAAAAAACAAUUUUUUUAUUAAGGUAUCAUUGAUAUACAAUCUUAUGAAGAUUUCACACAAGCAACAUUUUGGUUACUACAUUCACCCAUAUUAUCAAGUCCCA